CCGAAGCGCCCGCAGCCCAUCGGCGCGUACUGAGCUCGUGAGGUAAAGAAGUUGUUUGAACUGUUCAUGAUUUGACGCGGCAAGAUUGUGGGUGCAGCCUCGAUUAAAUCAUUUUGCGCUCAGAUAUUGCUGACCAGGAAUAUAUCAUAUUGCAAGUGAUAUGAAGAAGGAAAGACCGUAACAGAAGGAAUCUGAAGACAAGAGUAGCCCCGGUGAAUGCAGGAAUAUGCCUUCAGCUACCGAUUAUAGUUGUGAAAAUUUUCUAGGUGGGACCAACCAAAUCGGGCAGCAAAAGGGAGGGGGGAAUAUGCCCAGUAAUGAAGAAUGUGGAAUCAGAGAUGUAUGGGGGCACAAUCUAGAGGAGGAAUUUCGUACAAUUCGUCAAGUCGUACAACAAUACCAAUAUAUCGCAAUGGAUACAGAAUUUCCAGGUGUUGUAGCUAGGCCUAUUGGAGAAUUCAGAACCAACGCCGACUAUCAAUAUCAACUCUUACGUUGCAAUGUAGAUCUUCUACGAAUAAUUCAACUUGGUCUCACAUUCCUUGAUGAAUCGGGGAAUACGCCGGGCGGUAGCUAUACAACGUGGCAAUUUAAUUUUAAAUUCAACUUACAUGAAGACAUGUAUGCGCAGGAUAGUAUAGAUAUGCUACAAAACAGUGGUAUACAGUUCAAAAAACAUGAAGAGGAGGGCAUCGAUCCUUUAGAAUUUGCUGAGCUAUUAAUGACAUCAGGAAUUGUUCUCGUUGAUGACAUAAAAUGGCUAUCCUUUCAUUCUGGCUACGACUUUGGUUACUUACUGAAACUCCUAACGGAUCAAAAAUUACCACAGGAAGAAAGUGAAUUUUUCGAGCUUCUUAGGAUAUACUUUCCGACGAUAUAUGAUGUAAAAUACUUAAUGAAAUCCUGCAAAAACUUGAAAGGCGGUUUACAAGAAGUUGCAGAACAGCUGGAAAUUCAAAGAGUAGGUCCUCAGCAUCAAGCCGGGUCCGAUUCCCUUCUUACUGGAAUGGUCUUUUUUAAGAUGCGAGAAAUGUUUUUCGAAGAUAAUAUUGAUGAUGCAAAGUAUUGUGGACAUCUAUAUGGUUUGGGAACGUCAUUUGUCAUGAACGGAUCUGGCGGAUAUAUGGACAGUAAUGGAGAUAAUGCCUCGACAUCGUAAUGUUAAAGAAAGAAU